CGUGGAAAUGCUGAGUUGGAAAAUUGAACAUGCAUAAAUCGAAGAAUAUCUUCAUAUUGUUGACAUGUUUAUUCAUAAUAUUCAGUGCUAAAGUGGUGCGAGGAGACAGUGCGACGAAGUCAUCGGCAAAGGGAGAUGAAGGUUCUUCAAACACAACAUGGAUUGUUACUGCUGUGUUUGGCGUUCUCACCAUCGUAGCUUUGGGCUCAGUUUGUUCAAAGAGAAAUCAACAAACACCACCACCAAGAGUUGCUAAGGAGUCUGUUAGAGAGGCCAGAUUAGCAAGGUUUCAACCUUCUAACACACAACAAAAUAAUUCAGAAAAGAAAAGAGAUCAAAAUGGUAGUCCAGAGACUCAAAUUAAAAAACCAAAAGCCAAACCUCAACUAAAUAUUGAAAUAAGGGAUCCAGGAAAGGGUCAGAAUAAAAUCACCGGAGAUUCAAAUGAUGGAACUUGUAGUGAAAAAUCUGUUAAAUUCGAUAUUGAUACAGCAGAAAAGACUCUAAAGAGGGAACCUCCAAAAAGAGCAGAACUUAAUGUCAGAAAUUCAGAGAAACAGUCAUGCGGCACUUCAAGCCAUGAUUACGAUUCAGAAUAUGAUGAAGCUAUUCUUGCAGCUAUUAAUGAUCUUAAUCUUGACAAUGAAGCUGUUGUGACAUCAAUUGACAGCCAGACACCGGGAUUAGGUGUUGACUCUGGGGAUGGAUCUCAGUUUGUUUUCCCCAGUAUUGAAUCUCAACCAACGUCCACAAUAACAGAAGAAGUAUCUGUAUCCACAACUAAAAGUACACCGUCCAGCUUAAAAAGUCAAGUGCCAAAAGAAAGUCCAGCAGAUGAAGAUGCCAAAGUACCACCAUUGCCAAAUUUGUUUAUUAAUACAUUAUCACACAUUCUUGAUACACAGAUUAAAGUCCAAGAGCGUGAUCGGAAUGAAUCAAGGGAUAGAAAUGUAAUGUUUAUCAAAGAAGCAAAUGUUGCUCAGAAUGCCAAGGAUGUAAGCAAAAAAUCUCUUAUCAUUUUCACGAGACGAAUGGCGAGGGAGUACGUAGGCAAAAUGAGGUAUUGUAUCCAGUGUUAUGAGAGAAUGGGAUGUGUGCAAUUUGGUCGAACAGAAAUUGUUGCUGACAUCAAGACUAGUCUUACAGAUGCAGUUGCCAUGACGAUUCUAUCAGAGUUGAAUGAAGAUCUUCAAGGAAGUAGUGAGGAUGAUCUCUGGUCUGAUGUUGGUGGAAAAAAUAAUGUAGAUGAAUCAGGUCCAUUGACUGAGCUUUUGUUGAGGGUGUCUGGCUGGAGUGAUGAUGAUGUUACCAUAGCAACUGAUCUGUUACAGCACAUCCUCAAAAUGGCAACCAAAGAUGAGUCUAAAGAAAAGGGAAUACUGAAAUUGAUAUCCGUUGCAGCUCAGCAUAUUAAAUCUACAAAAAGAUUAGAUGAAACAAUGUUGUAUCAAAGGAAGUUUUUUCAAGCUCUUGAAAACUUGGCAAGCCAGGCAACAUUCAUCGAGAUCUUGGUGAAGGAACUAAAGUGUGAAAUCGAGAAGAGUGAAACAGCCCUGGGCAUAUAUUUUGAAGAAAAUGGAAUAUUUGGUGAACUUCUUUCGUUGACAACCAUCCCAGUAGGUCUACAGGAAAUCAAGAGACCCGACCCAAUCACUUCUGCUCCAUUCUUGGAGCUGCGAGGUUUUCCACGAGCAUCCUUGGAUGACAUGAAGUUUCUAGAGAACAAUAUUCAAGGUGUAUUUCAUCGAACUCAAAAGAUUGUGUUUGACAUGGUAAAGAAGAUGUUAAAAUGUGAUCGAACAGCUGUACUGUCUUGGUUAGCUGCUGUGGUUACCAGCAAUGAGCUAAGGGCAAGUGCUAACCCCCUUAUACACGAGGAGAUCACUAACACAGCCUGUAGUGAUGGCUUCAUGCUAAACCUAUGUACAGUGUUGCUUGAGCUAUGUAUGCCCUUCUGUCACGAUGUCACCAAGUUGACCAAGAUUGAUGCGAGUUAUGCUGGCUCCACAUCCUGUCGUCUUAACUACAACCUGGAGACAUGCCUGGCCUCGGGACAAAUUGUUCAAGAGGAGAGUGAUAUGAAAGAAAAGGCUGAAUGUGAGAAUGUUCAAGAUAGUUUCAACUUCAUGACUGAGAUUUUCCACAUUACACAGAGAGCCCUCAAUGUUGGAACCUUAUCUGCCACAAAUACAUUUCUACAUAACAAUCAAAGUCUAGCAAGGGCCUUCCAUGCUCAGUGGAAGGGCACCCCACAAGAGCAAGAGCUGAAUAAUCGGAUAAUUUUAUGGGGUAUGAAGUGGGACUGCCAUCUGCUUGACCCAGAGAUGCUACGGAAGACAUCAGAGUUCUACCUGGCACAAGCUCAAUGGCUGUUACUACAGUUAAGCAACUGUGAACAGAAAUCAACAAGUACAGAGGACUUAAGAAAACAACAGGCAAAUGCAUUUUCCCAUGUCCCAGAGUACACAGUUAAAGACAUGGCCCGCUGGUUCAGUUUCAUGGCUAAUAGGGGGCUCCGUGUUCACAAGGGUGUCCUUACAGGGCUACAAAUUUCUCCAUUUAUUGACUGUUGUGUCAUGUUGCUUGAAAGACAUGACUUGAUGCCAGGGCCAGUAUGUGCAACCAAGAUCAUAGAGACACUCUAUGCAUUCAUACAGACAGGUGGCAGCACUAAUGAUAUGUCAAGGAGAGGAGGUUGGGGCAGUGGUCUGAUGUCUGAGCUUGGUAGCAUGGUACAUACAUGUCCAACUGUAAGGAACUCACUUGGACCUGCAUUACUGCAUACAUUUGUCAGUGUAGAUGUUGUUGAGGGACUGGAUGUGGAUAAAGAAGAUUUUGAAAAAUACAGAUCAAGGCAUGAGAUCAGCAAGCUUAUAGAGCAUCUGUGGAACAGACAGGACUGUAGAACAUCCAUUUUGGCACUGUGUGGUCAACCAAUCUUCCAGAAAUUCCUUGGUGCAAUUUUAGAUGAGCUCCUAUUCAUGUUGCAUGAUGGUCUUGGUACCCUGUCUAGUGUAAGACGACUGGAACAGGCUAAAGCUAAUGAAUCCGAAUGGAAUAAACAAACACCACAGCAACAGCAGGACAAGGAGAAGUUCCUGAAAGCUGAGGAAGCCCGUGCUGCUGGUGCCAUGAACAUGGCUAACAAUCUUAUGGCUUUCCUUGAGCUAUUAACCAAGUCAGAAGAUGUUGCCAGGUGUUUGACCAUGCUUCCCUUGGCACAGAGGGCAGCUAAUGCCAUUCUAGGCUUUGUAGAGAAACUGUGUGGUCCGAACUCACUCGACUUCAAGGUGAAAGAUAUGAACAAGUAUAAGUUUACUCCUAGAAUCCUGCUGAAACAAAUAGUUGAAAUAAUCUUGAUGGUCACGCGCGAAGAAUCAUCGCGGUCUGAGGGCUUUCUUGUUUCUAUGGCAACAGAUCCUGAUUUCAACGAUGCUAUGUUUGAGAAGGCGGUUCAAGUGAUAGGAAGAGAGGGACUUACAGAGGAGGCCACAUUGAAGGAGUUCCAGGAGGUUUUGCAAGUGGUAAUCAAGUUAAAGGAAGAGAAACAGUCAGAAAGUCAAGCUGGUCAUCACAUUGAAGCCACUUAUAACUGGGAGGAUGAAAUCACCAAAUUGGAAAUCAAUGAGGAAACUUAUGCUGACGCUUAUACAAAGUCCCUAGAGAACUAUACAUUUGACAGCGCUGAUUUACAGGACUGUCAUAGCUACACCAGCAACUUUGGAGACAAGCCAGUAGACCCAAGAGCUCCAAAGUUGAAGGCAUUCAGAAAGGAACUUAAACAAUUACAGGACUUGCCUCUCAAUAUCCAUGCAGCUAUAUUCAUUAGACAGGAUGAGGAUCGCAUUGACAUGCUACGUGCCCUAGUGACAGGUCCUAGUGGUACGCCAUACAGUGGUGGGUGUUUCUGCUUUGACAUUUACCUGCCCAACAACUACCCAAACAUUCCACCUUUAGUGAAGUUCAUUACAACAGGGAAUGGCACUGUUAGGUUCAACCCUAACUUGUACUCUGAUGGGAAGGUGUGUCUAAGUCUAUUAGGGACCUGGCAUGGUGGCAAUGCCAGUGAGAAGUGGAAUCCACAGACAUCUUCAAUCUAUCAGGUGUUGAUGUCCAUCCAGAGUUUGAUCUUGAUAAGUGAUCCAAUGUACAAUGAGCCUGGCCAAGAAGGUCUACAAGGCACCACUGAGGGAGAUAUGCGUAGUGAGGCCUACAAUCAGAAUAUUCGUCUCUAUACAAUAAGGCAUGCAAUGCUGGGACAGCUACGCCACCCUACCAAAGGUUUUGAGAGUGUCAUUCGUCGACAUUUCAAGGUUCAGCGUGACCUCAUUCUGAAACAGUGUUCUGAUUGGUUAAAACGUUGUGAUGAUUCUGGAAUUGAAAAGCGGAUGAGAAGAUGCAUUGAUGAACUUUGCACUGAAAUAGACAAUAUAGAAAUUGAGGAAGAGGAAACAUGUGAUGAUUCAGAAGAUGGAUCUCUAGAGGAUUAGAAUCUACAAUUACUGCAGAUGACAGAAUGGCAACAUGCAGUUAAACUUUGAAGAUUUAAUAAUUAAGAAAGACACCAAUACAAAUCAUAUUCAAAUUUCCUUUAUAUGUGAUUCCUCAUGGCAUAAUUUCUUUAGGUAAUAAUGAUUCAUAUGUAAUACUUUAUAUUCAAGUUACUUGCUUAUACAAAAAUUAUGCAUAUUUGAAAAAGGCUGCAUUAAAAUGAAAAUUGAUAUUUCUCCAUUGGUGUAUUAUGAAAGUGCUUAAAAAGGCAGC